AUCCGCGAUACAUUUUCGUGACGUUUACCUAUAAAGCUUUAAUUAUCACACAGACGCCGAAAUCGUUGAAUAAAAGCCUAGGCCGCAAACAGCUCGAUACUUCCGCAGUCGCUGAACUAGCUACUCUGAAGAGACCAAGAAGUUAGCUUGUAAAAUCAUACGCAAUGGGCAAAGAGCUCAUCCUCAACGCCUUCGCCAUCACCUCACCAGCUCAUCUGUCGCCGGGUCUGUGGCGGCAUCCCCGAAACAAGACCACGAAAUACAAGACGCUCAAGUUCUGGACCAACCUUGCCCAGCUGCUCGACAAAGCAAACUUCCACGCCCUGUUCAUCGCUGAUGUCCUGGGCCCGUACGACGUCUACAAAGGACCGGCGAAUGCGGGCCCAGCACUGCCAUCUGGAGCUCAGUUCCCUAUCAAUGACCCGCUCUAUGCCGUCCCCGCCAUGGCGGCAGCGACGAAGAAUCUGACCUUUGGCGUCACAGCUAGCACGACAUACGAUGCGCCCUAUGCUCUCGCCCGCCGAUUCUCGACGGUGGACCAUCUAGCGGAAGGACGUGUUGCUUGGAAUAUAGUCACGUCGUACCUAGACAGCGCUGCUCGGAACUUUGGUCUCGAUACGCAGAUCGAGCAUGACGAGAGGUACCGUAUCGCCGACGAGUACAUGGACGUCGUAUACAAGCUCUGGGAAGGUAGUUGGCGAGAUGACGCAGUAGUAGAGGACGAGAAGACUGGCCAGUAUGCAGUCCCGGAGCGUGUGCGCCAGAUCCACCACAAGGGGAAGUACUUCAAAGUACCCGGUCCGCAUCUGUGCGAGCCUUCGCUUCAACGCACACCGUUUCUGUUCCAAGCUGGCACCUCGGCCGCAGGAAAAGAGUUUGGUGCGAAGCAUGCCGAGGCCAUCUUCGUUGGUGCACAGCAUCCUGAACAGCUUCGGCCAAACGUGGAUGCGAUCCGGAAGCUUGCGAAGGAGAAGUAUGGGAGAGACCCUAGCCACAUCAAAAUCGUUGCGGGCAUCACUUUGAUUGCGGCAGAGACGGACGAGGCUGCAAAGAAAAAGCAUGACGAGCUGCUCUCGUACGGCGAUAAGGAGGGAGCAUUGGCGCUCUUUGGGGGGUGGACGGGCAUCGACUUGUCCAGCUACUCGGAAGACGAGGACUUCCGGUUUGUCGAACUACCGAAGGGAGCCCAAUCCAUGGUAAAUCGUUGGGCUAGCACAGUGCCUGGGAGCGACAAUCUACCGUGGAACAAAGCCCGCAUCGCAGAGUUCCUCAUAUUGGGUGGAAUGCAAGCUAAGAUUGUAGGAAGUGGGAAAACGAUUGUGGACGAGCUUGAGAGAUGGGUGGAGAUUGCAGGUAUUGAUGGAUUCAACUUGGCCCACAUCGUGAACCCUGGCUCUUUCGAGGAUAUUAUCGAGUUCGUCAUUCCCGAGCUUCAGAAACGGGGUCUGUUCCGUAAGGGGGUGGAAAAAGAAGGUGCGACUGCUCGAGAGGCGUAUUUGGGGUCUCCGUGGCUGUUAGAUGACCAUUACGGCCAUAAGUUUCGAUGGGCUGCUGGCGAGGAGCUCCCGCCGUACGCCAAGGACGAAGCUGAACUGCAAAAGGAGGCCAAGUAGUGACUGAAAGUCUUGCCUCGUUUGCGUUACCUCAAAAGAUGUUACUUUUUUGAAAUGUUUGUGCAUAUGGCGUUGUUUUAUUUUCCCUCCUGCCCCAUAGGGAUCCUCGGGGAAGUCAAUGCCCACCCAGCUGGUCAGAUUGUCAAUGCAAAUCCAUUGAUCCUUGGAAAGCCACCCAGGCUUGCAGGUAAUCGAAAUUCGCAUCUCGUCCCAACUUGUUAAAAGGUGAUAUAGCAGUCCAGCACUCGGUGAACGAACAUAAUGAAC